GACAGCAAGCCGGCCGGCCGGGCGGGCGGGGGGGCAGCAGCGACGUGGUGAGGUCAUAACCCUGGAUUUCCCAGAGAUGGAAGGUCAUUGCUAUGACCGCACAUGGGACGGGGAACGGGACAACUACCAGAUCGACUACCGUCGGAUCGUGGGGGACACAGAGCCGGCCAGACCCCGCCUCUCUCCCCGGGACGGGGAGCAGCAGGCCCCCCCCUACGGCCCGUACACCCACACCAGCCCCCACAGCAUCGGCCACGAGACGGCGGCGCAGCGGUACAGCGCCACUCGGAUCCAGGCCGGAUACGAACCCGAGAGUAUGGCCGACUAUUUGAUCAGUGGAGGCACUGGCUACGUGCCAGAAGACGGACUGACAGCACAGCAACUGUUUGCUAUCGGCGAUGGACUUACAUACAACGACUUCCUGAUACUUCCUGGUUUCAUAGACUUCACCUCUGAUGAAGUGGAUCUAACCUCAGCACUGACACGCAAGAUAACGCUGAAGACUCCCCUCAUCUCAUCUCCCAUGGACACCGUUACAGAGUCCUCCAUGGCCAUCGCCAUGGCAUUGAUGGGUGGAAUUGGAAUAAUACACCAUAACUGCACGGCCGAGUUCCAGGCCAACGAAGUACGGAAAGUCAAGAAAUUCGAGCAGGGCUUCAUCACCGACCCGGUGGUGAUGAGCCCCAGACACACGGUGGGGGACGUGUUUGAGGCCAAACUGCGCCACGGAUUCUCCGGCAUCCCGGUCACAGCGACGGGGAAGAUGGGCAGCAAGCUGGUGGGCAUCGUGACCUCCAGAGAUAUCGACUUCCUGUCAGAGAAGGACCACGACCGGCCGCUGGAAGAGGCGAUGACUAAGAGAGAAGAUUUGGUCGUUGCACCGGCAGGAGUCACAUUAAAAGAGGCCAACGAUAUACUGCAACGCAGCAAAAAGGGUAAGCUGCCCAUCGUGAACGACAGUGACGAGCUGGUGGCGAUCAUUGCUCGCACUGACCUGAAGAAGAACCGGGACUACCCGCUGGCCUCCAAAGACUCCCGCAAGCAGCUGCUCUGCGGGGCCGCUAUCGGCACCAGGGACGACGAUAAGUACCGGCUGGACCUCAUCAUGCAAGCCGGGGUGGACGUCAUAGUCCUGGACUCCUCCCAGGGGAACUCGGUGUACCAGAUCAGUAUGAUCAAUUACAUCAAACAGGAAUACCCGGAACUCCAAGUAGUGGGCGGAAACGUGGUGACGGCGGCCCAGGCGAAGAACCUGAUCGACGCGGGAGUGGACGCUCUCCGGGUGGGGAUGGGGUGCGGGUCCAUCUGCAUCACCCAGGAAGUGAUGGCGUGCGGCCGGCCUCAGGGCACGUCCGUGUACAAGGUGGCGGAGUACGCGCGGAGGUUCGGCGUGCCCGUGAUCGCCGACGGAGGCAUUCAGACCGUGGGACACGUGGUGAAGGCGCUGGCCCUGGGAGCCUCCACCGUAAUGAUGGGCUCCCUGCUGGCGGCCACGACAGAAGCUCCUGGGGAGUACUUCUUCUCAGACGGCGUGCGUCUAAAGAAGUACCGUGGCAUGGGCUCCCUGGACGCCAUGGAGAAGAAUAACAGCAGCCAGAAACGCUACUUCAGUGAGGGUGAUAAAGUCAAAGUGGCCCAGGGUGUUUCAGGCUCGGUGCAGGAUAAAGGUUCCAUCCACAAGUUUGCUCCUUAUCUCAUCGCUGGUAUCCAACAUGGCUGUCAGGACAUUGGAGCCAAAAGUCUCUCCAUACUGCGGUCUAUGAUGUACUCCGGGGAACUCAAGUUUGAGAAGAGGACCAUGUCCGCCCAGGUGGAGGGUGGAGUCCACGGCCUGCACUCGUAUUCUUUUGUGCCAUGUAAUUAUGAGAAGCGGCUUUACUGAUGGCCAAGGAGAGGGGAUAUGUGGCCGUCCCGCGGCGGGAAUCCCGACCUCCAACCCCCCCAGAAGGUUCAGCGUACGCAUGUGACCAUGCGGCCCACUUCCUCUUCUCCAUGUGUGUGUGGGUCUCUCUCUGUCUUUGUCUCUGUCUCUCACUGUCUCCAGCUCUCUUUCUCUCGUGCUCUCUCUCUCUCUUUCGCUCUGACUGUCUCUCUCUCAUGCUCUCUGUCACUCACUCUCUCUGUCUCUCUGUCUGUUACUUUCUCUGUCUCUCACUUGCUCGCUCUCUAUCUGUCUGUCUCUCUCUCUAUCUGUCUCUCUCUCUCUCUGUCUGUCUGUCGCUUGCACCCCCCUCACACUCUCUCCCUCUCUCUCCCUCUCUCUCUCCCUCUCUCUCUCCCUCUCUCCCUCUCUCUCUCACACUCUCUCGCACUCUCUUUCUCUGACUCGCUGUCUCUCCACUUGACUUAUUUUCAUACCGCUCAUUCCUUCUAAUCGGGACACCACAACACCAUAGAUUAAACAUGAGAUGAGAUCAAAAUGACAGUAUGUAAAGCAUCAAACGUAUGCUCAUCGUCAUCUGGCUUUUUUUUUAGGGGUCGGAGGUUAUGUAAUGAGCGGAAGGCUCAGCAGAGAAGCUAGGGGCUGCGUGGCUUUUAGCUGCUUCCCCUCUGCUGAUCUGCCCGUGAAGCAGCACACAAGUGGCUUUAGAACAGAGACAGAGCUUACAGACAGCUGCCACGCUUCUCUGUUGAGACUUACAGUAUGAGGGGGCUCUCAGGGUGAGGAGUUAUUGUAUAGAGAGAAUUUGUGCGUGCAGUAUAUAUAUCUAUACAUUGUUUAUUGGUACACACUGAUACAUUGCUGAUGAUUUUAACAAACGUAAAUAUUGAAAUAUAUUUUGAUGCUUACAUAUGUUAGCCCGCAAGCAGCUAAGCUGCCGCAAGGUACCUCUGUGGGAAAACGUGAUAUUGGCUAUUGGUUCAGAGCAAUAAAUACAAGUUAAUGGAAUUAUGUGUACGUUUACAGCGAAUGUGUACACAGUAACACAGUUACUUCUGAAAGAAGGUUUGGCUUUCUGUGGUGUUUGUUAUGGUGUGUAUGCUAGUAGCCUUUUUUUGUAUACAUGCUACAUUAGAGAAGAAGUAAAAAAUAUAUAAUAUUCUAGUACAAACCUGAUAGCAUAAAGCUAGCAGAUCUACAUCUAUAUGUACCCUGAGCGCCUUAUAAGUACUGUAACAUAUCCAAAUACAAAACCCAGGGCUCACACUCAGCUAGAGCUGUAGCUCCAUUCCUUCAGUUAUAGCCUCAGCAGUUCCCCCAGAGAAAAAUAUAGUGUUUAUACUGAUCAUACUGCAUAAUUGAUUGUUCAUUGUUAGAGAAUAUCUAUUAUAAUUAUGUUAAUUAUAAAAAUGUUAUAUACUGUAUCUAUUUUCAUAAAGCACAUCAUUCCUAAUAAUAACUUACAUGUAUACUUUUAGAUCAAAAUAUUAUACUAUAUUACUGUAUUUUGCCUCGCUCUGAAUUCUCAUAUAUUGGCAAUAUUUAGCUGUAUCAAUUGCUGAAUGUACAAAAAUAAAGACUUCAACAUAUUUUA